AUGUCGCUUCCCUCAGGCGUCGAUGUCCCAAACGAGUGCAUUGCAGCGUUCAAGGAGCUUCUUUAUCUAAGGGGAGCAAAUAAGCCUACCUUCGUGAUCUACAAAAUCUCGGACGACAAGUGUUCCAUCAUGGUGGAAGAAAGGUCCGCUGAGAAGAACUACGAAAUAUUUCUCCAGAAGCUCACUUCGUCUGUUGACCAUGAGGGAAACCGUGCACCUCGUUACGCAGUAUACGACGUUGAAUAUGACCUAAGCGAAGAUGGUCGAAGAGCAACAAUUAUCUUCAUAAGUUGGGUGCCCGAGGAAACUUCUACCCGACUUCGUAUGCUGUAUGCUGCUACCAAGGAGCAGCUUCGAAGAGCGCUUGAUGUCAAGGUUGCAAUUCAUGCAGAUGAAAUAUCGGAUAUAGAAUGGAAAAUGGUUCUCAAAGAAGCCAGUGGUGGGCGAGUCCGAAUUUAG